AUGGCUCGCCUCUCAGAUCUCCGAGAAGACGGAGGGGGGAGGGGAGCCGCGAUGACGAUGCUGCGGCUGUCUGUCUGCCGGCCGGCCCCCGUCAAAGGUCAAGGCCGUGAAGAACGGCCAUCGUCGUUUAAGCUCGUCUCAUGUUCAUCCUCCUCCCUCCGUCGUCGUCUGAUCGCAUCCACGCCAUUCGCUUUCCCUCACUUCCUCCCUCCGUCCCUUCUGUGCUGGUAA